UUCGCCACAGUACAAAUCAACACGUUUAAUUAACACAAAAGAAGAAGAAGAAAAAAAAAUGAAGGUUUUGAUGAUUCUCCUUCUGGCGAUCACUAUUCAUGCAGCUGCCGGCGGCGAUCCCACCGAUGGUUUCACGGAGGUGCCAUUGAAGCCGUCCAACAUCGUCCUCCAGAAACCAUUCAACGUCCCUCUGGACCAACGCUACAGCUUCAUCGACGGCGUUCACCGGAUGUGGGUCUACUCCGACGACAAGCCGUACAGUCCCGACAGCGACACCCAGCCUCGUACCGAAAUCCGCAUCGCAGGGCUGGACUACUCGUCGGGAGUGUGGCAAUUCGAAGGUCACGGUUACGUUCCCAAAGGAACCUCCGGAGCCACCGUGGCUCAGAUUCACGGUGCGAGUCACGGCGAGACGACGUUGAUUCUGAGGAUCUACGAGCCGGGGGAGAUGAGGUACUACGAUACCCUCCACGUGGCUGGCGACCUGUACGACACGUGGUUCCGGCUGAACAUUGUUCAUGAUGUUGACGGCGGCAUGGUGACGGUGUUCUUGAACGGCGAGCAGAAGUUCCAGCACCACGAUGAGGGUCCCGGCGAUUUGUACUUCAAGUGUGGAGUUUAUGCGGCUCCUGCUGACAUCAGCCAUUACAUGGAGUCCAGGUGGAAAGACAUCAAGAUUUACAGAAAAUAGUAAACCUAAAACAUGGAGGGUUUUUUAUUUACCAGUAUAUUGUGGACUAUAUGGUUGGUUAUUUCACCCAUUACUUUUUUGUUAAUAUUGAUUAUAUAAUGUGCUUCUAUAUUUUUAUUUUUGUAUUCAUGGUGGUAUUCUUAUGUGAAUUACUUGUACAUAUAUAACUUAAGUUACAGACUUACAGUGUGUUCUACAAUGGUUGUGCCAUAGAACAAUAGAUUUACUACUAGUAAUCCCAUGGUAAAAAUGCUUAAGUAGUAGAAUAAAAUACAAAUAGAUGAUGCAUAAGAAGUACUGCACAUAAAUACGUACACAGGGGAUUUUAACCAUUUUUGUCUCAGUAGAGUCUUUCAGUGGCUGGGACAUAGUGUUAGUAAUUUGUCAUUCUUGGCUCUUGUUUAACCAAAUCUCGGGGUGGCUUGGAUGGAGUAACUGUGUCUAUGUGAUAUUUGUAAAGUCAAAUAACUCAUUAUCAGUAGUAAUUGGAUUAAAGUAUCUAGUUUGUUAGAACCAUGCAUAUGUAGUAUUUGACAAAAACAAAUGGUAAAACGAGUUAUUUUGAAAUAAUGCGAGGUAGACUAGAAACUAUCACAAAUAACUUGUUUUGAGUUAUUUGUAAAUAACUAACUCUCCAAAUAACGCAUUUCGAUAAACUAUUUUCAAAUAAAUUAUUUAUCUCCAAAUAACUCGUCUAUCCAGAAAACUCAAACACAAGGAAACAAUUCAUGCAUAAAAAGCUUCCAAUGUCAACACCAAAUUACAACACAACGACUUGUAGGGAGGGAGAAUAGUCAAAAGUGAAAAUCAGAUAAUAUGAUAGCUGUGGUGGGCUAAAUUGUGGGCCUCUUUAUUGAGAUGGACUUGUCUUCAUUGUGCCAUAUAUGUAUUAUGGGCUUUGCCUUAUUUUCAACACCAAAUUGUUAUUUAGUUGAUUGAGUAAUGAAAAAAUUGAUGCAAAUACUAUAUAGAUUCAUAGGAGACAAAAUGGAAAGUAUUUGAAUUGUUACUAUCUUAAGAAUUUGUGACUUUUAUAAAUGUUAGUAGUAUACUGUUAGUUGGAAAAUUGCUUUUACGGGUUAAUCCACGACCUAACUGUUCCCAUCUACCAUCAACCCAACCCAAAAAAUAAUGUGACUGGACAACGAAUCAUAAUUAUACCGACUUACUAAUAAAAAAGUAGUACGUAAAUCUGAAACCAAAACCCACCCAACCCACCACUCAUUACCCACCCCCAUUGAGUGUGAUGAGUAAAAAAUAAAAAAUAAAAACAGCCUGCUAAG